AUGGCCAUCUCGAGAUUGGUAUCGUGGUUCCCCCACGUCAAGGCGCCCGUCAUCAUCAAUGCGCCGAUGCUGGGGUCCGCCGGCGCCGCCAUGGCAACUGAAGUCCACAAAGCCGGUGGUUUCGGGCUCCCGCUAGGCGUGGGCUUCAUCACGUCCCACGAGACAGCCGGCCACUUCACAGCCAACGUCCUGCCCAUCCUCGUCCGCCACGGCGUCGCGGCAGCCUGGCUCUUCGCCCCGCACCCAGAAACCAAACCACACGGCGAGAUCAUCGCCGCCCUCCGCGGCAAGGGAACGAAAGUCUUCGUGCAGGUCGGCAACGUCGCCGCGGCGCGGGAGGCGGCCGCCGACGGCGCGGACGUCAUCGUCGCGCAGGGGGUCGACGCGGGCGGGCACCAGUUCUCGCGGGGCUGCGGCGUCGUGGCGCUGGUGCCCGAGGUGAAGGCCAUGCUGGCGUCCGAGUUCCCCGACCGGGACGUCGCCGUCGUCGCGGCGGGCGGGAUCGUGGAGGGCAGCGGGGUGGCUGCGGCGCUGGCGCUCGGGGCCGAGGGGGUUGUGUUGGGCACGCGGUUCGUUGCGACGGACGAGGCGAUGAGCGCGCAGUUGCAUAAGGAGGUUAUUGUGAGGACCAAGGACGGCGGGUUGAGUACGUGGAAGUCGGAGUUUCAUGAUCGGCUGGUGGAUAAUAAGUUGUGGAAGGAUGGGUAUGAUGGGAGGGCGAUUGUGGGAGAUAUUCAUCGAGAGUAUCACGCCCUCGGCGGCCAGACGGCGACGGUGGAGGAGAGCCGGGAGAGAUUGCGGACGGGGUGGAGCGAGGAGGAAGGGAAGAAGAUGAUUGGGAAGUGGGCGGGUGCUGGGCUUGGGCUUAUUGAUGAGAUUAAGCCGGCUGGGGUGGUUGUUACUGAGGUGAGGGAAGCUGCGAGGAAGAGGAUUCAGGAAUUGGCUGGGUCGAUUUGA